GUGGAAGGGCAACUCGGCGGCUGCUAGGUUUUAUCGUAACUGGUGGCUAUGUGUUGAAUGUAAAUCGACUCUGUCGCAAUAGAUCUGGAAGAAAAAAAACUGAAGAAAAGAAAAAGAAAAAAAAACAACAGACCGAUUCUUCCACCGAUCCUGUCUUUUCUCGUCCCACGACGAGUCAUUGAGACUUUUGGAAGUAUAACACAAAAAAGAAAAAAAAAGCUUAACUAAACUCCUUAUAAUCAUUUUAGAUUUCGAGGACCGUUUCUGGAGGAGCAACAGCACCAUUUCCAACAGUUGGUACUUGUCUAAGUUCACACACUGAUAUGUGGGUAUUUGGAUACGGUUCCUUGAUCUGGAAAGUUGAUUUCCCUUACAAGAGCAAGCUGGUUGGUUACAUCAAAGGAUAUGUCCGCAGAUUUUGGCAAGGCAGUGAAGAUCACCGUGGGGUUCCCGAAAAACCAGGCAGAGUGGUUACAUUGGUACAAAGUGAUAAUCCUGAGGCUAUCGUGUGGGGAGUUGCCUAUGAGAUUGCGUCAGAAGAUGCAGAGAGUGUACGCAACCAUUUGGACUACAGGGAGAAAGGUGGAUACAAAUCAGUCACUGUGCAAUUCCAUCCUAUCAGUACCGAAAACAAGAGCCCUUUUGAGCUGACCUUAUACAUUGGGACCGAAGACAACCCAUUCUUCCUCGGCCCAGCAUCAAUGGACGAAAUGGCCAAACAAAUAGCUGAGGCUGAAGGACGCAGCGGCCGUAAUCGGGACUACCUUUUCAACUUGGCCGAUGCUAUGCGAACACUUGUGCCUGGAGCAGAUGACGUUCACCUCUUCCAAUUGGAAGCUAAAGUUCGGCAUUUAUCUACACAUAUCUGAUGAUAAUAAUAAUAAUAACAAUAAUAAUAACACUAACAAUAAUAAUAAUAAUAAUCUACCUCGAGAUAUCAUUAUUUUCUUCUAAUGUACAAUAAAAAGCAAAUUAUGAAUGA